UGUGACCGGUUUGUUCAUGUCGUGGUUCGACGGCUUUGUGAGAUAAAGAGAGCGAGAGGGAUGACUCGAGGGCGAGGGCGGCUAAGGGUCUCCGAUUUGUGGAUUUUAUUGAAAGAAUUUGCCAGUGUUUGAAGUAGCUCUUCUCAAUCCUACCGAAAUGGCAGACGAUUUCGACUAUGAAGAUGAUGACGUAAUCGACACCCAGACAGCUCAGCGGAAGCGUCUGUUCUCCAAGGAGCUGUGCGCUAUGAUGUAUGGUUUUGGAGAUGACCGACAACCGUACAUGGAAACGGUCGAUUUAUUAGAAGAACUGGUUAUUGAAUUCAUCACAGAUUUGUGCCAUCGCGCCAUGGAGAUCGGUAGACCAGGUCGAAUUCAAGUAGAAGAUAUAAUAUUUUUGGUGCGGAAGGAUCCGCGUAAGUACGCGAGGGUCAAGGAUCUGCUAACGAUGAAUGAGGAGCUGAAGAAAGCUCGGAAAGCAUUCGACGAGGUUAAAUAUGUUCAACAAUAAUUUUAUUCGUGUUUUAGUUAAAUUAUGAUCUGUAUAAUUUAAUAGCAUUCCUAUAAUGAUAGGGAGAUGGUGUGUAAAUAUAUGAAACACACGCAUAAAUAUUGUGUACAUAGGGAACGAAUUUAGUAAUAAAACUCAAUUUCCGAAGUAAUUGA